GGAAGGCACAGCGGAGCGCAGAGCGAGCGCUCGCAGCCCGCGCAGCACCCCUGCGGCGGCGGACGCGGCGGCCCGGCCAUGCCUGCGCUCUGGCUCAGCUGCUGCCUCUGCUUCGCGCUCCUGCUGCCUGCAGCCCGGGCCGACUCCAGGAGGCAAGUCUGUGACUGCAAUGGGAAGUCCAGGCAAUGCGUCUUUGAUCAGGAACUGCACAGGCUGACGGGAAACGGAUUCCGCUGCCUCCACUGCAGCGACAACACAGGUGGCAUCCACUGCGAGAGGUGCAAGGAGGGCUUCUACCGACAGAGAGAGAGGGACCGCUGCCUGCCCUGCAACUGUGACUCCAAAGGUUCUCUCAGUGCUCGGUGUGACAACUCUGGACGGUGCAGCUGCAAGCCGGGUGUGACAGGGGACAGGUGUGACCGCUGCCUGCCGGGCUUCCACACCCUCACUGACGCUGGGUGCACCCGAGACCAGAGGCUCCUAGACUUCAAGUGUGACUGUGACCCAGCCGGCAUCUCGGGGCCCUGUGACGCCGGCCGCUGCGUCUGUAAGCCAGCUGUCACCGGAGAGCGCUGUGACAGGUGCCGACCGGGUUACUAUCACCUGGAUAGUGGGAACCCUGAGGGCUGCACCCAGUGCUUUUGCUACGGGCAUUCGGCCAGCUGCCACAGCUCCGGAGGCUACAGUGUCCACAGAAUCACCUCUACCUUCCACCAAGGUGUGGAUGGCUGGAAGGCUGUCCAAAGAAAUGGAUCUCCUGCAAAGCUCCAAUGGUCACAGCGCCAUCAAGACGUGUUCAGCUCGGCAAGACGAUCAGACCCUGUCUAUUUUGUAGCUCCUGCCAAAUUUCUUGGGAAUCAACAGGUGAGCUAUGGGCAAAGCCUGUCUUUUGACUACCGUGUGGACAGGGGAGGCAGACGCCCAUCUGCCCACGACAUGAUCCUGGAAGGUGCUGGUCUGCGGAUCACAGCUCCCUUGAUGCCGCUUGGCAAGACACUGCCUUGUGGGAUCACCAAGACGUACACGUUCAGGUUAAAUGAACACCCGGGCAGUAACUGGAGCCCCCAGCUGAGUUACUUUGAGUUUCGAAGGCUACUGCGGAACCUCACAUCCCUGCAGAUCCGGGCUACCUAUGGAGAGUACAGUACUGGGUACAUUGACAACGUGACCCUGAUCUCAGCCCGCCCCGUCUCUGGAGCCCCAGCACCCUGGGUUGAACAAUGCGUGUGUCCUGCUGGGUACAAGGGACAGUUCUGCCAGGAAUGUGCUUCUGGCUACAAAAGAGAUGCAGCCAGACUGGGACCCUUUGGCUCCUGUAUCCCGUGUAACUGCCAAGGGGGCGGGGCCUGUGACCCAGACACAGGAGACUGUUAUUCAGGGGACGAGAGCCCUGACAUCGAGUGUGCCGACUGCCCCCUCGGUUUCUACAACGACCCGCGUGACCCCCGCAGCUGCCAGCCCUGUCCCUGUCCCAGUGGGUUCGGCUGCUCCGCGAUGCCCGAGACGGAGGAGGUGGUGUGCAACAGCUGCCCCCCGGGCGUCACCGGUGCCCGCUGCGAGCUCUGUGCCGAUGGCUACUUUGGGGACCCCUUUGGGGAACGUGGCCCAGUGAGGCCUUGUCAGCCCUGUCAGUGCAACAACAACGUGGACCCCAGUGCCUCCGGGAACUGUGACCGCCUGACGGGCAGGUGUCUGAAGUGCAUCCACAACACGGCCGGGGGCCGCUGUGACCAGUGCAAAGCAGGCUACUUUGGGGACCCCCUGGCUCCCAACCCAGCGGACAAGUGUCGAGCUUGCAACUGCAGCCCCGUGGGCUCGGAGCCCGUGGAGUGUAGAAGUGAUGGCAGCUGUGUUUGCAAACCGGGAUUCGGCGGCCUCAACUGUGAGCACGCAGCAUUAGCCAGCUGCCCAGCGUGCUAUAACCAAGUGAAGACUCAGAUGGAUCAGUUUAUGCAGCAGCUCCAGAGCCUGGAGACCCUGAUUUCGACGGCUCAGGGUGGCGGGGGAGCGGUGCCCAGCACAGAGCUGGAAGGCAGGAUGCGGCAGGCCGAGCAGGCCCUUCAGGACAUCCUGAGAGAAGCCCAGAUUUCAGAAGGUGCUAUUAGAUCCCUCAACCUCCAGCUGACCAAGGCCAGGAGCCAGGAGAACAGCUACCGGAACCGCCUGGAUGACCUCAAGAUGACCGUGGAGAGAGUUCGGGCCCUGGGCAGCCAGCAUCAGAACCGCGGGCAGGAUGCCCGCAGGCUCCUCACUCAGAUGCGCCUGAGCCUGGAGGAAAGCGAGGCUGCCCUGCAAAGCUCGAACAUUCCUCCCUCAGACCACUAUGUGGGGCCAAAUGGCUUUAAAAGUCUAGCUCAGGAGGCCACGAGAUUGGCAGACAGCCACGUUGAGUCAGCCAAUAACAUGGAGCAACUGGCAAGGGAAACCGAGGACUAUUCCAAGCAGGCGCUGUCCUUGGUGCGCAAGGCUCUCAGCGAAGGAGGCGGCAGCGGCAGCCUGGAGGGCUCCGUGGUGCAAGGGCUUGUGGGAAAGCUGGAGAAAACCAAGUCUCUGGCCCAGCAGUUGCUGAGCGAGGCCACUCAAGCUGACCUUGAAGCAGACAGGUCUUACCAGCAUAGUCUCCACCUCCUCAGUGCCGCGUCUCAGCUUCAAGGGGCCAACGACCAGUCCUUUGAGGUAGAAGUGAAGAGGAUCAGACAAAAAGCAGAGUCUCUCUCAAGCCUGGUGACCAAGCGUAUGGAUGAGUUCAAGCGUGUGCAAAGCAACCUGGGAAGCUGGGAGGAAGAAACCCAGAAGCUCUUACAGAAUGGGAAGAACGGGAGACAGAAAUCAGAUCAGCUGCUUUCCCGUGCCAACCUUGCUAAAAGCAGAGCCCAGGAAGCGCUGAGCAUGGGCAAUGCCACUUUUUAUGAAGUUGAAAACAUCUUAAAGAAUCUCAGAGAGUUUGACCUGCAGGUUGAAGACAGAAAAGCAGAAGCCGAAGAGGCCAUGAAGAGACUCUCCUAUAUUAGCCAGAAGGUUGCAGACGCCAGCGACAAGACCAAGCGAGCAGAAACAGCCCUGGGCGGGGCUGCGGCCGAUGCCCAGAGGGCAGAGAAGGCUGCCGGGGAGGCCCUGGAGAUCAGCGGCAAGAUAGAGCAGGAGAUCGGGGGUCUGAACUUGGAAGCCAAUGUGACAGCAGAUGGAGCCUUGGCCAUGGAGAAGGGACUGGCCACUCUGAAGAGUGAGAUGAGGGAUGUAGAAGGAGAACUAGCAAGGAAGGAGCAGGAGUUCGACAUGGACAUGGACGCGGUGCAGAUGGUAAUUACAGAAGCCCAGAGAGUUGAUAACAGAGCCAAGAAUGCUGGAGUUACCAUCCAAGACACGCUCAACACAUUGGACGGCAUCCUACACCUGAUAGACCAGCCUGGCAGUGUGGAUGAAGAAAGGCUGAUCUCGUUGGAGCAGAAGCUUUUCCGAGCCAAGACGCAGAUCGACAGCCAGCUGCGGCCCUUGAUGUCCGAGCUGGAGGAGAGGGCACGUCGGCAGAGGGGCCACCUCCGCUCGCUGGAGACCAGCAUAGACGGGAUCCUGGCUGAUGUGAGAAACCUGGAGAACAUUAAGGACAACCUGCCCCCAGGCUGCUACAACACCCAGGCUCUCGAGCAGCACUGAGGCUGCCUUGGAGAGUCCUCGACCGAGGUUCUCGGGACAUAGACCUCGGCUCACACGGGUGGGGCGGGAUGGGGACAUCUGAACACGCUGAAUGCGCGUGCUCAGGCCAACUGAACCUGGUCCUAUCCUGGAGACCUUGGCCAGAUAGAUGUCUUAUUGUACCAGUGUGAUGCUAUUUGCUUCCUGAUGCGGGGCAAUGGGGCAAAUAUCAUUGGCUACGAGACUCAUCAAGGGCCUGGACACCAGAAGGUAGACUGGAUGGAAGGACAAACUGCAGGGGCGGAUGUCUGCCUCAGAACAGUCAUCAGCUGAGUCCCGGCAUACGGACAAGAGCUGCUGGGUUAUCGGCAGCUCAUUCUUUGAGUAAUGUGACCAAAGGAAACUUUUUUUGGCUUUGCCCACGCAUCAGAUUCUUCCUAUUGUCAGAACAGAGAGUGAAUUCCAGUCCUACUGUGGCCAGUAAAAUGCUAUUGCCUCAUA